AUGGAUGCCAAGACAGUCGCCCACCACCGCCCUGCGUCCCACCCCAGGAGCGGUUUUGAGCGGGUUUUCCCCGUCUUCUCUGAUCCCCAGCACCCAGAAUCGGACCCAGCCCCGAAUGAUGAUGCCCCCUCGUCCGACUCGCACAAGCCGCGCACGGCCGGUGGCCGGUCCACGCUCUUCUGGGUCAAUUCCGAUCCCCAGUCCGUCAAGGGAGGCUCUCGAGAGGAGACGUUGAAGCGAAUCCGCUCCCAUGUGAUGUCCGAGCAUAAUCGAAAGAAGAGGCUGGAAAACACCCGGCGUUAUAACAAGAGUAAAACGUGGAAGAGCCUGGCAUACCGCCCCCCAGCGGGCGCUUCACACCCAUCUCCCUCGUCUUCUGAAAGCUCCACUUCCAAGGAUUCAGUCUCGUCCGACAGAGAUGAAUCGCCGUCCCAUAGUCCCCCGAACUCGGUAGAGCGCGUCACCCCUUCGUCGGACGUGGUUCCGGCGCACUCCCCUCGAGGAAUCAUAAGGGACCUGCAGGCGGGCUAUCCAGUGCAGGACUGGGGAGAUGUCGCGACAGCGGUGGUCCCUUUGUCGUAUGUGGGACAGGGUAUGAACGACCCUUUCCAGUCGACGCGAGUCCAGCUCUCCGGUCGCCACGUUGCGCAUCUUCAUUUUUUCCUGCAUGACCUGACCGAACGCGCAGUCCCUUUUCGGUCGCAUGAUACGACUAAACUGCGGGAUCACUGGGCGACACUGGUACGGGAGAAUCCUGCUCCAUUGUUUGCUUGUAUCACGUCAGCGGCGACAAACAAGGCCUUGAUGGCGGGCGAUUUCUUCGCCGAUCCCGCGACGCAAAUGACCAGUCCUCUUAUUCUGGAUCGAUUACAUUCCAGAGGAGAAACGAUCAAGCGCGUCAAUCAUGGGUUGUCGAAUCCGGCCACUGCCUCGAGCGACGCUUUGAUUGCCGCCGUUGCUAUUCUCAUAUCGAUAGAGAUUGUCUUCGGAAAUCCGGAGCACAUCAAGAUCCAUCUGAAUGGCCUACGCAAGAUGGUCGCCUUGCGGCAGAACUUCUCCGACAUUGCUCCAGAAAUCCGGAAACAAAUCGAAUGGACGGACAUCAGAUGCGCUUGUUUAGGUCUGAGCAAGCCGAUUUUCCCGUUUGUUCGCUACUCCCGACCAGCCCAUGUCUCCUUACCCGUUUUGCAAGAAUACGGCCGGAACAUGGCCUCGCGUCUGCUGUCGUUAACCCAAAUCCCCGGCUUUUUCGGGAAUGAGAUGAGCAAGACGAUCAAUGAUCUGCUGGAGUUGACGCUCUACUCGGAACUCGUGAAGACGGACCCCAAGCGGGCCGUCGUUCUCUUCGAUGAAGAAGUGGAAGACUACUUCAACAAUGAAGUAUUAUAUGUGGAGUACAGUCUGUUCAAUGACCGGUACACCGCGGCGGGCCAGCUGAAGGGAGACGACACGAUCGAGGGGGCUGUUCGACUGGCGUGUCUAUUGUUUCACAACACAGCCAUCUGGGGGUUCUAUCCCGAGAUGGCGGCCGUUCUGCCCCAGCCGGUUUUGGCGCUUGAGCGGGCGCUGCGGAGCGGCAUCGCGGCGGGGCAGUACGAGCUGUGCCAGGACCUGCUGAUCUGGCUGCUAUUCAUCGGCGCGUGCAGCGCCAAAUUUCUCCCUCAGCGGUGGUACUUUGUCAACGAGCUCGCGACGGCGGUGCGUGCGCAGGGGCUGCAGACCUUUGACGAGUUCCGCUCGUUGCUGACCGAGUUUUUCUACGUCGACCGCUGUUACCUGAGCGAAUGCCGGGACGUGUGGACUCAUAUCCAUACGCCGAAGUUGUCACCGCACCAAUGA